CCUCCCCGCCGCCCUCUCCGCCGCCGCGCUCGAUCCGCGCUCCGCCACCCGCGCGUCCCCCGGACCCCGCAACUUCACCCGGCGCCGCCGCCGCUGGAGCGACUCCCGAGCGCUUGGGGCCACGACUGUCACCCGCGGCCCUUUCCCUGCGGGCUGGGAGGAGCGAGCGCCGGCUGUGUGCGGAGCCGGAGGCGCUGGGCAGCGAGGGGCGGCGCGUGGGUGCCGAGGUGGUACAUGCCACCCGGUACUAAGCGUCUCCCGGCACCAGGAGCGUUCUCGGCAGGACUACCAACCAGACUCCCGGAAAUCAUGCUGGUGGGAUCCCAGUCCUUCUCGCCCGGAGGACCCAAUGGCAUCAUCCGGAGCCAGUCCUUUGCAGGUUUUAGCGGCCUGCAGGAAAGGCGAUCCAGGUGUAACUCCUUCAUUGAAAAUGCCUCUGCUCUCAAGAAGCCUCAGGCCAAGCUGAAGAAAAUGCAUAAUCUAGGACACAAAAAUAACAACACUCCCAAAGAGCCUCAGCCGAAGAGAGUGGAGGAGGUCUACAGGGCCCUGAAAAAUGGACUCGAUGAGUACCUGGAGUUUCACCAGACAGAGCUGGACAAGCUGACCGCUCAGUUAAAAGAUAUGAAAAGAAACUCUCGCCUGGGUGUGCUGUAUGACCUAGACAAGCAAAUUAAGACAAUUGAGCGAUACAUGCGCCGCCUGGAGUUUCACAUUAGUAAGGUAGAUGAGCUCUAUGAAGCCUAUUGUAUCCAACGGCGUCUCCAAGAUGGCGCCAACAAAAUGAAGCAAGCCUUCGCGGCGUCCCCUGCCAGCAAGGCCGCCCGGGAGAGUCUGUCAGAGAUCAACCGCAGCUACAAAGAGUACACAGAGAACAUGUGCACCAUUGAAGCAGACCUGGAGAGUCUGCUGGGAGAAUUCUCCAUCAAGAUGAAAGGUCUGGCUGGCUUUGCCCGCCUCUGUCCCGGAGAUCAAUACGAAAUUUUCAUGAAGUAUGGCCGGCAGAGGUGGAAACUGAAGGGCAAAAUAGAAGUGAACGGCAAACAGAGCUGGGAUGGCGAAGAAACGGUCUUCCUGCCCCUCAUCGUUGGGUUCAUUUCCAUCAAGGUCACAGAACUCAAAGGACUGGCAACUCAUAUCCUGGUUGGCAGCGUGACCUGUGAGACCAAAGAGCUGUUUGCAGCCCGACCCCAGGUGGUGGCUGUCGACAUCAAUGACCUUGGUACCAUCAAACUGAACCUGGAAAUCACCUGGUAUCCCUUUGACGUGGAGGACACAACCCCAUCGUCAGGCCCUGGGAAUAAGACAGCUGCUCUCCAGCGGAGGAUGUCCAUGUACAGCCAGGGCACCCCAGAAACGCCUACCUUCAAAGAUCACCCCUUCUUCAAGUGGUUGCGGCUGUCUGUCUUGAGUGCCUUGCGAGACACUUUCUUUGCCACGUUGCACCACAACCACUCUGUCGGUGACCUGCCUUCCCUCAGCCUGAACCCCAAGGCCCUGCUAGAAUUCUAUUCAAACCUGCCAGAUGACAUCUUUGAAAGCGGAAAGGCAGCAGAGGAGAAAAGGCCGCUGUCCCUCAGCUUCAGUGACCUGCAGGAUGGAGACUGUGUCUUCACCUCCAGCUCAGCCACCUCUCCCUCCAGCUCACACUCAACCCAUCCGGAGAUCACCGUCACCCCUGCCGAGCUCACCCACACCCACGGCAGCCUGUCCUCACAAAACGAGGGCACAGAGGACAGCAGCUCAGCGUCUUCUAGGAAUUCCUUGGGUGAGGACCACGAGCCGAAGUCCCACCUAAAGGGUGAGUUGGCAGAGCCCAGGAAGCCUGGCGCGGCUGCACGGUCUGAGAGCCUGUUCCUGGAGAACAGCGUUGCAGAGGCUCUCCUACAGGAGUCGGAUGAGGCUUCUGAGCUCAAGCCUGUGGAGCUGGACGCUUUUGAAGGGAACAUCACAAAGCAACUAGUGAAGAGGCUCACAUCAGCCGAGGGGCCCAUGGCCACUGAGAAGGUUUUCUUUGAAGGCUCUGUUGGCAGCGAAUCAGAAGCUGGCCGGUCCUUUCUCGAUGGCAGCCUGGAAGAUGCCUUCAAUGGACUCUUCCUUGCAUUAGAUCCACACAAGGAGCAGUACAAAGAGUUCCAGGAUCUGAACCAAGAAGUCACGCGCUUGGAUGAUGUUCUCAAGUGCAAGCCAGCAGGCAGCCACAGCAGGUCUUCCAGCCUCAGCCUGACAGUUGAGAGUGCUUUAGAAAGCUUUGAUUUCCUCAACACCUCUGACUUCGACGAAGAGGAAGAGGAUGGUGACGAGGUCUGCCGCGUCGGAGGAGGAGCGGACUCUGUGUUUUCAGACACUGAGACAGAGAAAAAUGGUUACAGGUCAGUUCACCCGGAAGCCAGGGGCCACCUUAGCGAAGCUCUGACCGAAGACACAGGCGUAGGGACCAGUGUGGCAGGAAGCCCCCUCCCACUCACCACGGGAAACGAGAGCCUGGACAUCACCAUUGUCAAACAUCUACAGUACUGCACCCAGCUCGUGCAGCAAAUCGUCUUCUCUAGCAAAACCCCCUUCGUGGCAAGAAGUCUCUUGGAGAAGCUGUCGAGGCAGGUCCUCCUCAUGGAGAAGCUGGCGGCAGUGAGCGACGAGAACCUCGGGAACAUCACCUCGGUGGUGGAAGCCCUGCCAGAAUUCCACAAAAAGCUGUCCUUGCUUUCCUUCUGGACCAAGUGCUGCAGCCCAACUGGGGUCUACCACAGCUCCGCUGACCGCGUGAUCAAGCAGCUGGAGGCCAGCUUCGCCAGAACCAUCAACAAAGACUAUCCAGGACUGGCAGAGCCAGUGUUUAGAACCCUGGUGUCCCAAAUCCUGGACCGAGCCGAGCCUCUGCUCUCCUCCAGCAUCUCCUCGGAAGUCAUCACUGUUUUCCAGUAUUAUAGCUUCUUUACCAGCCUCGGUGUGAGUGACCUGGAGACGUACCUGAGUCAGCUGGCCAGGCAAGUUGCCACGGUUCAGACUCUGCAGUCACUGAGAGACGAGAAACUGCUGCAGACUAUGAGCGACCUCAGCCCCAGCAACCUCCCCGCUCAGCAGGAAGUCCUCCGGACCCUGGCCCUGCUGCUCACCAGAGAUGACAACGAGGUCAGCGAGGCUGUGACGCUCUACCUGGCAGCAGCCUCCAAAAACGAGCACUUCAGAGAAAAGGCCUUGCUCUAUUAUUGCGAAGCACUGACGAAGACCAAUCUCCAGCUACAGAAGGCAGCAUGCCUGGCCCUAAGAAGCCUGGAGGCCACCGAAAGCAUUAAAAUGCUAGUGACACUGUGUCAGUCUGACACGGAAGAGAUCAGAAACGUGGCCUCGGAAACCCUCUUGUCCCUUGGAGAAGACGGGCGGCUGGCCUAUGAACAGUUAGACAAAUUCCCGAGAGACUGUGUUCAAGUCGGAGGUCGCCGUGGAGCCGAAGUUGCCACAGCCUUUUAAAUUUCACGUUAGCACCGCCUGACUGCUGUCCCGGUACCUGGCCCUUGCCGUCGAGAGGAUGCCGUGAUGUGGCCAGACAGCGCCUGGAACUUGCAGGGUGGUGCUGCUGCUGUUGCCCGUGUAGAGAUCUCAAAGUCCUAAUGUGCAGUACUGUCCACUCCUCCUUGGCCCGCAGAACAGGGCUGUGGAUAAGUCACGCUGUGGUUGUGGCUGACGGCACUCCAUGGCCCAUCCGGCCUUACUGUGGGAUUUAAGAAUGGCCAUCCUUACACCUGUCUGGAAGUUCAUCUGUAAGCCUGAACUCCUCGUGUGCUAUCUGGAUAAAGUAUCAAACGCCUUGCCAUUUUUUUUUUCUGUGUCCUCAGGGUUGAGGGGCCCAUUCGCUGCCUAAUUUUACUUUCAAGACAAAGCACAAAAAGAUAGUUCUUCAAAUAAAAGUUUUCUUACAGAAACUGGCGAAAUGACCAAUUAUAAGAGACUAGGUUUGGGAGCUAGCUGAUGAUGUAGCUCCCUUGGUUGAGCUUGCUGGCUGGGUUCAUCCCCAGCACCGCAUAAGCUGGUUGUGUUUCCCAUAUGAGUUCACAGCUCAGAAAAUGGAGGAAGUAGGGUCAAAGUUCAAGGUCAUCUUCAGCUACCUAGGGAGUUCCCAGGGUAACUUGGGAUACUUGAAGCUCUGGCCAGGGAAGAACCUAGUUUUACAUCUUACUUUUUUUUAUGGUUCCUACUAUUUGUUUCUUUUUUCAUCCUGAGGAUUUCCAUAUGGUCUAUCCCUGUGGUUUAAGAGAUAGCUUGAAGGAUCAUACCUAUACUACUGCAAGCAAACAAAAAACUUGAAGUUUAAGCUUUGUUUCCUUAACAAGAACCGGCUUUAUCACACUCUUGGUUUUGUUGUUGUUUGGUUUUUGUUUUAUCUUGAGACAUAGUCUCCCCGUGCCAGUGCUGACUGGCCUGGAACUCAAUAUAUAGGCCAGCCUGACCUUGACUUGCAACAGCUCUCCAGCCUCUGCUUCAGAGCAGGGAUUAUAGGUAGGAGCCACUAUACCUGGUUCCACCCAUAUUUUUUUUCCCAAGACAAAUACGCACCCCAAAGUCAUAGAUUCAGAAAGAUGUGUUGUUCUUUCAGAUGGGAUGGUGGACGUGGGAUGAGUCCUAACCUGAUAGAAUAGUGGGGUACCGAAAGUGGUCCCUGCUUCUAUAAGAUCGGCCAUGAGGCUAGGAAGCAGGAGGUCCUGAGAAAUGAAAGCUGCCCCAUUAUUUCAACGGCAGCUCAGUACCAGAGUGGAGAUCCAGUCACUAACUAGGUAAAGUGUACCAGGGGUGGGUAUGCCAAGACAUCACAGCAAUAUGUGUGAGUGCAAUUUAAACUGUGUUCCAGAUGUGUUUGUAAGAAAUACCAGUUAGAGGUUAGUUUCAGUCUAUACACUUUAGCAACACUUUUAAAAGGGUUCAUUUCAUUUUAAGGUGAAAAUUGCUUGCCAAGCUUCUGGCAACAUAUUCUUUCAACUGUGAAGUUCCGCUGUGUAUACUUGUAUAUUUGUAAAUGUUAUAUAUAUAUGCACAUAGCCCUCAUUUUAAAGGUACAUUGUACAGUUACAGUAUGUAUAGGGGAUAGUCUUUGUUAAAUCAUUGGGAAAAAAUGUCUCUUUUGUAGAAAGUGAAAUCGCAGUACUACAAGGCUUUUGUUUGGUCUGAUUGUGGAUUUGAACCUUUUUUGACUACUGCAUGAAAUAAUUAAUUUCAUAUCCUUUGUAUUCACCUCUGUGCUUUAGUUUUGCUUGGGGGAGUUUUGGUUUUAGUUUUGUUGUAUUUGUAUUCAUCACUCUUUCAAUUAUGUAAGUCAAAAUAAAGAUUAUUUUUAAUUACUA